AUGUUUCUUAUUUUAUUCUUCUCUACUAUUAUAACUGUUCUUGUGGUUCAUCAAUGGAUGAAAAGGAGAAGACUUCCUAAAGGACCUCUACCAAUCCCAUUUUUUGGAAACCUCCACCAGUUGUUCUAUUUCUACUGGAAGUAUGGGGGAGCAGUUGCAGCUUAUCGUCACUUGGAGCAAGAAUACGGAAAAGUGUUUACUGUCUGGAUAGGACCACUUCCUACAGUAUACAUUUCGGAUUACGACAUUGCUCAUGAGACACAUAUCAAGAGAGGCAACGUUUUUGGAGCAAGAUUCGCAGUUGGAGCAUUGAAUUACAUCCGAGAGGGGCGAGGAAUCGUUGCGUCGAAUGGAGAAUUCUGGCAGGAGCACAGGAGAUUUGCGUUGAAGACGUUGAGAGAUUUUGGAUUGGGAAGGAAUUUAAUGGAGGAGAAGAUCAUGGAAGAGUAUAGAUACAGAUUUUCCCAAACCUCAAACGGAAUUAAUAACAAAAGUUCCAUCGAAACAAACUCAUCAAUGUUUUUUGACCUUCUUAUCGGCAGCAUCAUCAACCAACUUCUUAUCAGUGAACGAUUCGAGCAGGGUGACCCGGAAUUCGAGAAGCUCAAGAAAAGUUUGUCGGUUGGGCUGGAAAAGUUCGGAGUGCUGGAUAUUUUUCUCCCUGAUUGGAUAAUGAAUGCGUGGUGGAUGAAGUGGAGAAUGGAUGAUAUUCUAGGACCAUUCAGUUGGAUUCACAGAUUAUCGGCGAGAAAUGUGAAUCGGAGAAUGGAAAUGAUUGAAAGUGGUGAGCACGUGAUAGAUGGAGAUGGUACCGAUUUCAUGGAUGCUUAUAUCAACAAGUCUGAGAAAGACAAACGGGAAGGUGUCAAUUCUACUUUCACUCUAGAGAACCUGGCAAUUGACAUGUACGAUUUAUGGAUUGCCGGACAGGAGACAACAUCGACCACUCUAUCAUGGGCUUGUGCAUGUCUUCUGAAUCAUCCAGAAGUUGUACAAAAAGCUCGAGAUGAGCUUGUACAUCUGACAGGUGGACAUAGAUCUGUUUCAUUGACAGAUAAGACGCAGACCCCGUAUUUGAAUGCUGUUAUUAAUGAAGUCCAACGAAUCGCUUCUAUUCUGAACGUCAACAUUUUCCGUCAAACAUCUGAAGACACUAUUGUCGAUGGACAACCCAUUGCUGCUGGAACCGCCCUAACCACUCAUUUAGCUCUUAUUCAUACCGACGAGACUUUAUUCAAAGAUCACACCAAAUUUAAUCCAGAACGCUUUUUGGAGAAUUCCUGCCUUGAGAAAAAACUGAUUCCCUUUGGAAUCGGAAAACGAUCAUGCCUCGGGGAGUCUUUGGCUAGAGCAGAACUCUACCUAGUACUCGGUAACAUGAUCUUGGACUAUGAUCUUGAACCAAUCGGGGAGAUUCCUCAAAUCAAGACGACGUCACCAUUUGGCAUCAUGAAGAGACCACCAGUCUAUAGUCUCCGAUUUGUUCCUGUACAUCAUGGUUAA